GAAACGGGAGACAAAGGAGGAGAGUACCCCGCCAACUGUCCUCUGGAUCGGGAACAACUGGGACGAUGUUCAUGGGCCUUCCUUCAUACAAUGGCAGCGUAUUACCAGGAGCGGCCCAGUAAGACCAAGCAGCAGGAAAUGACACAGUUCAUCCAUUUGUUUUCUAGGGUUUUCCCUUGUGAAAAGUGUGCAAAAGAACUGAGGAAAAGAAUAAAACGAAACCAGCCGGACGUCUCCAACAGGCGCAAUCUGACGCGGUGGCUUUGCCGGCUUCACAACGAAGUGAAUAAGAAGCUGAGGAAGCCGGUGUUUGACUGCUCUCUUGUAGACCAGCGUUGGCGCGACGGAUGGAAGGAUGGCUCCUGCGACUAGAACACUUGGGAGAAGUAUAGUUGUGCGGACUUGGAUUAAAACAUAGAGAUUUAACCAAAGCAAGGACGAUGGAGACCACAACGUUUUGUACUGGGGAAGAAA